AUGGCAUUUGACGGGCAUCACAGCACAUUUCCAAAUUCACUCUUUCCCACAUACCAGCGCCAGGCCAGUGUAAAUCUGGGUGGUGGAAACACUGGAAACAUGGCAUUACCCUUAGUUCGCAUCCCCAAUGUCUCACUGCAGGAACAAGACACGAUGUCCUACGUGCCGUGGUCUCACAAUGCUCAUGAUGAUCCCUAUGAACUUAUCAGUUGUGCCCAGAGCAACAUCAAGAGCAGGAAACCCACCGGCAGUACUGACUGUGACGGGGAGACCGAUCUACAAGGCUUAGUGUCAAGUAUUUUGGAUGAAGCCGAAUCACAGGACAGCUACUACAGUGAAGGGAACCCACCUACCUGCAACCCGGUCUGGUCUCCAAAGACACUCAGAGAAGAACUGCUGCAGUACUUUCAGUCAGAGGCUAAACAGAACUCUAAUUUUCUUCCAAACUAUGUUUCCUGUGAAGCUUUCAGUAAAGCACAGGGACAGUCAGUGGACAAAGUUGUUGAAGAGCUGUCCAAUGGUCUUACCACCAAUCAGCAAUGGCUUUUUAAUAUGCCUAAUGGAGACAAGGACGGCUUCAACAUUCAUCCCCAGAAACUGCCACCAGGUCUACCAAUUCCCAACAUGGGGAACACCUACCAGUCACACAUGCAGCAAAGCAAAUACGACAUGUCAGCUGAUGCAGAGAGAGGCAGAGGGAAUAGUCAGCCUGUGAAUAACUUCCCUGAUUUCAGUAAUGUCUUCAGACCUCAAAGUGAAAUGAACAGCCCCUGCUUUGAUCCUUACUAUGAAGACCACUACAACCAGGGCAGCAGUGCAAAGCCCAUUAAUAAUGAGCAGCAACAUGUGCCACAAGACAUUAAUCAGCUGGUCAGCAGUUUUCAGUCGUUCAUGGCCGGUGAGCAUGACGGCUUAUAUCGUGAUUUUCCAAACAUACACAGGCAGACGACGGGCAUGUACCAUGAAGACAGCAUGAUGGCUGAACAACGGAAAAUGACCAGCCCUGCCAUGACAACACAAAACAGUCAUGCAAUGCAGACCCAGAAACAGCUGGUGGGAGAAUUUGGGACAGUGCAGAGGGAAAGAAACGGAGAUGUGAGGAAACAAACAUAUAAGCAUGAUGAUUUUCAAGAUCUAACCGGGUUCAGCCCUCAAAACACUGAAUAUUUCCAGCAACCGAAGCCACUUUCUGCAUCUUUAAACCUGCCAAACCAAUACCAGAGCAAGAUGGCUUUGCACAGAGAGAACACUUCACAUCCCAUUAACAUGAGUAUGAACCAGUACUCACAUCACCACAUGCAGCAGAGCCAGAUACAGAAAUCAGUCAGGCCGCAGAUGCAGAAGGAAAAGAAAAGGAUGCACAUGUCUGGUUUUGUGGGAGAAAGCUUCUCCACAAGACCUCUAACUAACACUUACAUGAGAGAGGCCGAUAAGAAACCGACCCUCUCCCCAAACACAUACUUUGAUCUCCUAGGGAGCAUGCAGGCUCAGAGGUUUGAUGCAGAAAACGGCAUGAUGCGUUCAGGGACAACACAGCAGUUCAUGCCUCUUGUGUACCCUGUAAAUGACCCCAGAAGAUUUUCCAGACUGCCCAUCAACUCCUCCAACUUCAACCCUAGAGCCACUUUGCCCUAUGGAAGCUGCCCUCCUGUUAUGGAUCUGGGUGACAUGUCUGCCAACGAGUCUGCAGCAUUCAGCUCCUAUCUGAGUGACGCAGUGACCCGCAGAGGAGAGAGCACCUAUCACGGCAUGGCCACAACGAUGAUGAAUCAAGGAGGAGGACCCGUGAUCCAGCUUUACUUCUACCUGGACGAGUGUUAUGAGCAGUGGAGGAGCUUGGAGAAGGAGAGAAAGAGGACUGAAGUCAUCCUCAACAAGACAUUUAUUGGGAAGCGGACUGCAGCAGUGAGCACCUCCAACCUACUCAAAACUCCACCAAACCCCACCAGAGUCGACCACAUCAUCGUGAACCAGACGAGGGAACAAGCAAGGGUGGCAAACCUUCUGGAUAAAAUGGAGUGUCUUCGUAACAUCCCCCUGCACAUCAACAUCCACACCGCACUGAGCAGGCACCACAUGGCCAUCUGCAUCACCCAGGCCAGACGCAAGGAGGAGCUCGCCAACAUGUCCAAACAUCAGCGGCAGAGAGCUCAGCUGACAGAGGACAGAGACACCCUGAUGCUGGUCAUGGCGCUGAAGGACCUCGCUGCUACCACGAGGAAGCUCCGCACAGCCCUGUGGUGCGCUCUUCAGAUGACCAUGCCGAAACCCGUCAAGAUGCAGGACCACCACGUUAACAGGGAAGCCCCAGGCAAAGAGAAGUGCCCCUCUCCGUUUGAGGGGUACUCUUUUAAGUUAUAA